CUUUGUAAGUUUUCAGUUCCUUUACCCGUUGAGUUGUUCCACUACCAAGAAGAAAAGGAAUUCGGGAUCACUAUUCAUCGUGAGGAUCUGAUUGAAUUUCUCAAGGGCGAUUCUCUGGAUAUUAGCAUUGUUCAGACUUUUUUAUUUUGUAUCAAGCAUAAACUGGAUGAACUUGGUUGUGAUGAUGUUGCAUUGUUAUGCCCAUCAAUGUGCUCUCAUAAAGCUUAUCAAAUUGACAAGAAGGGUACAAUGACAUAUUUCAAACAUGCCUUAAAUGUCAAUUUCGAGAAAAGAAUGAUCUUCUUGCCAUAUAAUGAAGGGUAAGUGUAAUGUAAAAUUACGAUUUUUGGUUAUUUAAAAUUAUUUAUUUUGACUAACUUGAUACAUGUUUUUUAAAACUAGGUUUCAUUGGAUCUUGAUUGUGAUUUGUCCAACAGUUGAUAAAGGCUUCAUCUUUAACUCUAUUCCAAGUGGAUCUAGCUUUGCCAUACAAAAAGACUUGGGAAUAGCGUAUAGAGUUGCUUCUACACACAAUGGUCGUGGAAAGUCAAUCAAGUGGCAUGAUAUCAAG